AUGGGCCUGUCAGACACGUGUCUGAAUCUUAAACCCCGGAGGACCGUGUGGGUGGCGCUGGCCGCCGUCUGCCUGGCCUGCACUUCGCUGCUGCUCUUCUACCAGUACGAGGGCAUCCCGUUUACGUCAGAUCAGGUGCCAGUGACUCCGGUCGUGGAAGCAAGCAAUAAAACCGGCAGCAGUACUAUCACGCAGCACAACCCCAGCAAUGCAGUGCAGAGCGACCGCCGCUGCCAGGCCUUCGCGGACCCCGGAAACAUCGUCUUUGUGAUCAAGACGGGCGCGACCGAAGUUUACGAGAAACUCCCCACCCAGUUGCUCACCACUCUUGGCUGCGUCCAGGAUUUCCUCCUCUUCUCCGACCUCGAGGAACGAAUCGGGCCAUACCAUAUCCGCGACACCCUCUCCGAUUUCAAUGAGACUCUCAAGGAAACACUGCCGGACUUUGAGCUGUACCGGGAACAGCUGGAGUACCGCCGCACGAACCAGGACAUGGCCGACCUGAAGGGUGACAAGGCAUGGAAGUUGGACAAGUACAAAUUCCUGCAUCUGGUCGAGAAGGCCUGGCUGGAGCGCCCAGGCCGGGAUUGGUACUUUUUCUUCGAGACCGAUACAUACAUUGUCUGGACGAACCUGGUCCUCUGGAUGAAGCGCAUCUCGCCGCCGAAAGAACCCCUGUACUUUGGCUUCAUCCAAUACUUCAUGAACGACGCGUUUGCGCACGGUGGAAGUGGCAUUGUUAUCUCAGGACAGCUUCUCGAGAAAUUAAUCGGAGACCACGCCGGACUCGCGAAUAAAUAUGACGAUGUCUUCACCAGCAACUGCUGCGGUGACUCUGUCCUGGCAAACACCAUCCGCCAGGAAUUAGACCUGGGCGUGCAAAACAUGUAUCCGCAGAUUAACGGAGAGAAGCCCUCUACUCUUGGGUUUGGUCCCUCGCAAUGGUGCCAACCGGUUGUGACGAUGCACCAUCUCCAUCCGCGAGAGCGAACUGCUAUUUUCGAUUUCGAACAAGCUAGGCAGGACCUAACCGAGCCCCUCACCUUCGCCGAACUCUCCUACCUACCCUUCCCCGAAAACAACACCCGCGAUUACGAAGAAGACUGGGAUAACCAUUCCAACAUCCCCAUCAAAUUCGCCGGCGCACUGACAUCAUCACUCGAAACCUGCCGUCAAGCCUGCACCGACACCCCGCGGUGCUUCCAAUGGCGAUACAACUCAGACGGAGACUGCGAGAUCUCGACCGAAGCGUUCCUCAUCGGCGGGUCGAAGAAGCCAGAGGGUAACGGGAAGCGCUGGUACUCCGGGUGGAGGGUCGAUGAAAUCCAGAAAUGGCGAGACGCGAAUCCUUGCAAGGAAGUGAAGUGGGUUGAGCCUCAUUGA